AUGGAGGACUUCAAUAGCAGUGUCACUGAAUUCAUCCUGUUGGGUUUCUCCCUUGGGCAUCAAGGAGAGACCCUUCUCGCUGUGGUCGUCCUAGCCAUGUACAUCACGUCCCUGGCUGGCAACAUGCUAAUCUUCUGCAUUGUGUUGGGAAACGGUCAGCUCCACACGCCCAUGUAUUUUUUCCUAUGCAACUUCUCCAUAUUAGACAUUAUGUUCACCUCCGUUAUCAGUCCGCAGCUGUUGUGGAACCUCCUUUCUGGUGAUAAAUCAAUCUCCUUGUCGGCCUGCAUCACCCAACUCUACUUCUACUUCUUGUUGGGCACGGUGGAGUUUUUCCUCUUGACGUCCAUGUCAUACGAUCGCUAUGCAGCAGUUUGUAAACCUCUGCAUUAUCAUGCCAUCAUGAGUGGUGAGGUGUGUGUUAAGAUAGUUCUGGCUUGUUGGUUGUGUGGGUUCCUCUCCGUCCUCUGUCCCAUCAUCCAGAUUAGCAGGUUGUCCUUCUGCAGCUCCAACACCAUCAACCAUUUUUUCUGUGACACUGGGCCUCUGCUAGAGCUGUCCUGCACCAACACCCGUUUCAUUGAACUGAUGGACUUCAUGCUGUCCUCUCUUGUGAUUGUGGGUUCUGCCAUCCUGACCUUAGUUUCAUAUGCAUGUAUCAUCUCAACAAUUCUGCUCAUCCGUACCACCACCAGCCCUAUGAAGGCCUUCAACACCUGUGCUACGCACCUCACUUUGGUAUCUCUCUCCUGUGGGAUCGCCAUCUUCACUUAUGUAGCGCCUUCACAGAAAGAGACACUGGAGGCCCACAAAGUACCAGCCAUUCUGACCACUAUUGUCUGCCCCUUUUUGAACCCAUUCCUUUUCACUCUGAAAAAUGAUUCUGUCAAGGAGGCCCUGAGGAAGACCGCUCAGAAGAUCUCAGAUAUGAUUAUGGAAAGCAUUCUGGCUUCCUCAAAAGGAAAGACAUUUGUUCUAGGGAAAAGUCUGUAA